CUCAGCUUGUUCUUUCACUAUGACUACGUUUCCUCCAGAGCUUAUAGAGAUAAUUGUACACGAAGUAUGGCACUCUGAAAUGACGUCCUUCAUCCGACAAGCGUUCAUGACCACUUGUCCCCAGAUCAACCGAACCUGGAAAGCUGUUUAUGCUCCUAUCGCUUCUCAGGAUAUGUACAUCACCAACCUCGCAUUUCUGGACUAUCUAUGCGACAUAUCCCAGGCCCCAAAAUCCAUCAUCUACCGUGACUCUAUCCCCCGACUUACCCGUACCAUUACCUGCUUCGUCGACCUCCGAGUUGAAAAUGAAGCCAGGGAAACAGCAGCAAAAGGGGCCUAUCGCUAUCUCGUUCAUCUACCCAAUAUGCGCAGCUUCCAGGCUUUGUUCAAACAUGUCGAACAUAUAUCUUUCCAAAUCGUCUGGAUUGGUUCUGACUGGGAUACAAUCGUACCGAAAAUAUCGCCGCUUCGUGGGAUUCCCAUUCGGGCUCGCUACGACCGGUUCCUGCUGUCCCAACAACCUUCACAACUGCGUAUGCACAUCUCCAUGAAGAACCGCGGCUUCUGGUGGCCGGGGAGCGGGCAGGCCUGGUUACGUUCGUUGUCCAAAUUGCGCGACGUUGGUGUCCCUCCACACUUCUUUACCACUAGUAUAUCACUGGGGUCAUGUCGUGAGACGAUACGCCGUGGUGUCCGACAUUUCCAUUACAUCACGCUCUUACAUGAGACGUGGCUUGGAUCCUGGGAUAUCAAUCGGCAUUUAUGGAUGGCUUCCGAGGGACGGCACCGUGACAGUACGGGUCGGGGUGUCUUGCCAGUCUCUUCUAUAGUCGAGAAUUUAAACGACUACAGUCAUCGUUACCCAGAGCGAAACAUCGUCCUAGGAAGCACAAGUUGA